AUGGAACAGCACGCAGCCGCAGUGAACGGAGUGGUGUACUCGGAGAGCACAGCGAGCGCGGAGCCUGGAGACGCUGCAGAGCCCGCAAACCCCUUUGCUGGUCCCCUUAAGUCCAUCGCCCCCUGGAACUACACUUUUCUGGCGUGCCUGAUGUUCGUGGUGACUUCUUUAUCCCUGACUGAAAACUUCACCGUCAUGCUAGUAACGUUCAAAUUCAAACAGCUGAGGCAGCCGCUGAAUUACAUCAUCGUUAACCUGUCUGUGGCUGAUUUCCUCGUGUCACUCAUCGGAGGCACCAUAAGUUUCCUCACUAAUGCAUGUGGCUACUUCUUCCUGGGCAAGUGGGCUUGUGUGCUGGAGGGAUUUGCUGUCACUUUUUUCGGGAUUGUGGCUCUCUGGUCUUUGGCAAUCCUGGCAUUUGAGCGUUUCUUUGUGAUCUGUCGCCCACUGAAAAACGUCCGUUUGGGAGGGAAACACGCAGCACUGGGUCUUCUGUUUGUCUGGACAUUCUCCUUCAUCUGCACCAUUCCUCCAGUUUUCGGCUGGAACAGCUACACAGUCAGCAAGAUUGGCACCACCUGCGAACCAAACUGGUACUCAACAGACUACUAUGACCACACCUAUAUCAUCACUUUCUUUGUCACCUGCUUCAUUCUUCCACUUGGAGUUAUUAUAGUCUCUUAUGGUAAACUCAUGCAGAAGCUCAGAAAGGUAUCGAACACUCACGGAAGACUGGGUAAUGCUCGGAAGCCGGACCGAGCAGUGGCACGGAUGGUCAUUGUGAUGAUAAUUGCGUAUAUGGUCGGUUGGACACCUUAUGCAGCAUUCUCCAUCACCGUUACGGCCUGUCCCACCAUCCAUAUUGACCCUCGGCUGGCUGCAGCACCAGCCUUCUUCUCUAAGACUGCAGCUGUGUACAACCCAGUCAUUUAUGUGUUCAUGAACAAACAGUUCAGGAAGUGCCUGAUUCAGAUGUUCAAAGGCAACAGCGCCAACAUAGACUCGUCCCACAUGAACCAGACAUCGGAUAAAGGGGCCAUCACGGGCACAGCGGAGAGCCACAUAGGAGAGAUGUCCACCAUCGCUGCCCGCGUUCCCAUGGCCUUGAGCAACCUGGAGAACACUGGAGAGGAAGAUGAGGAAGAUGAGCAGGACCAGAAUGAAAAUGGAGGCUCUAAGCAACUCCCCCUUUCAGAGAACAGAGUGUGUCCCCUAUAGAGCUGCGUUUCCCCCUGUUUAAUGACCUGUAGCCUUGCCUCUCUGCUGAGUAAACCUUCCACCUGUCAGUCAGUCUGUAAAGCAGCAGAGCAGAGACAUGCUUUCUAGGUGAGGAGUGCAUGUGUGUGAUGUGAAUAUUGUGUUUGUCUCUGCUGUACUAAAUUCCCAUGUGCCGUACAUCUCUGAAGAACAUCCACGUGUUUGUGUUUACCUGCCAGUCUUGCACUACACAGCUGCACUGUGAUAUUUCAAGGGUAAGA